GAAUUCCUAUAGACAAUUCGGGGAAUUCUUUGUGGAGCGGAGCUGCACAGCUUUGAUCAUGCUUCAGUGCUUUUCUGCAAGUGCCUUGUUUCCUGUUUAUAGAGACUGCAAACAAGCGGCAGCUGCGAUUCAUAGAAGAAACUGGUUGGCACCCUCGGUAGACUUCUCACACCGUUACUUGCAUGGUCGGUCAUCAUCGAACUCGGAAGUCAACAGCAGUGUGGGCAGCGGGAGGUCCUGGUGCUGCCCGCGACACUCCGGUCCGUGCUGCUAGCUGGAGCGGCGAACCUGCGGCAGACGUCUGCGCGCCGCGGGUAGACGCCCCGUCAGGGGCAGCCACCGCCCGCCCGCGCUUUGAUCACCUGCCGCAGGAACGACUGCCGUCGCCGCUGCUCAAGACGCCCGUGUUCAGGACUGUGCUGCUGAGGCUGAGAAAUAGGCGGUACACCUCGCCGUGGUGCGGUCUAGUGACGGCAGAGCUGGCUGUACCGUUUCAUUAAGGCUGGGCGGUCGAGCGCCGGCCACCUCGAUAGCUUCAUUAUGACGGCACGGCGCCGGGCGGACCCGGAGUUAUGUCGAGACAGCGCGGGUCUCUGUCGCGGCGCGGUGCACCCUGGGAGGCGACAGUACCUGCGCGCGGCCGGGUUUACGCGCCUCCCUCACCAGCCAUUACGCCGAUACGUUUCUCGUUUGCCGAUCCAUCGCGGUGCGCGGCGCUGCCGAGGGGAGAUGGGUAUCUGAGCGUGCAAAGCGGAUACCGAGCUAGAUAAGCGACCGGGCCGCCUCACCUCGCGCUGAUUUGCAACUACAGUGCUCUCUGGUCGAGCAACUGCGACCGACGAGGUGGCCAGUUAAUUAAUCAAAGUCCACUCCGCAACUGCUUCAGUACAGACUACUUUAGCCUGCAGAAGGAAGUUGUUUUAAUAAAAGGCGAAGAUCAUGAUGGCCAAACCUAAGAAGGCUGAUAGAGUCGUUCAAACUUGAUUGCCGAAACAGAAAUGAAAGACGUGGUAGUAUAUUUUUAGAAGAGGCGUCAGAGCACAAUUGGAGUUUUUUUAUGAGAAUGCGGGCUUUCUUGGCGAAUCUUGAUGAUAAAAUCUUCCCGGGUUGACAGCCGAGUCAAUGUGCUGUUCUCCAGCAACGUUUCAUCAAGUUCCUUACUUGUCAUCUUCAGCCGGACUUAAUUAAUCUUCGACUGAAGAUGGCAAGUAAGAAACUUGGAGUAUUUUUGUUUUCAAUGUCUACUCGUGACAUAAUGAUGAUGUAGUAGUCUUAGCAGAUUCUGGCAAUUACAUGAACUAUAUUUUAAAA